AAAGGCUGGAAUAAAAUAGCUCGCAAAUUAUUUUAGUUUUUAUGUGGGCUGUUUAGAUGAAAAAAAAUCGCUCAAAGAAUAAGGCAUCAAGAAGCUCAAUAAGUCAUUGAGGGGCGACUAUUUAUAUGGAGCUAUAUCUAUUAAGCGGUAUACAGAUACGUUAAUGUGAAAACUCUUACUGUCUGCCCUACUGUUUCAAAACAUCAGGCAUCUGGAAAAAAUUAUCCAUUCCGUUGAUUUUCUCGAGAGUGUGCCGAAACAUUUAAUGAAGUCAAAAAUAAGGCUAUGAAAAAUGACGAAAACUUAAAAUCUAAAUAUAUUCUUAAUGCAAGUGACAAAAAGCCCGAUUCUGUACCUCAUAUACAAAAUGGACAAGAUGAAACCUCUUUGUUCAAUCAUCAUUCUUUGAAGGAAGAUCAUCUAUUAGCACAAGCUCUAAAAGAACUGAAUCUCUAUGACGAAUUGUAUGAGUUUAUGAAGUCAAAAUGCAUCACAGCGGAAGCACUUAAAUUCAUGAAAUGGAGACAUAUAGAUGAACUAUUUAACGGAACAAAAUUACAUUUAAAAAUAAUCUUUGAGGCUCGACUUUCGGAAUGGCAGUUACGGAAAAGAAGGAGUACCUAUGAUCACGGAAUAUCAUUGGAAAUUGAGAAUAAAUCAUGGCAUGGUGAAACAUUUCAACUUUUUUCAAUAAAGCAUAAUGCAAGCAACGAUACAGAAAGUACCACAUUCCAUGUACCUGAAAAGAUGGACUUUUUAAAUUUCUCUAAUCGUCUCAUGGAUGUUAUACAAAAAGGCCUUUGCACAGUUCUCAAGGAAUAUGGUUUAGAAGGGACACAUCAAAAUCUAGGUUUAAACGAAAAUGAAUUAUCUGAUCCAUCCAAAGUUCCAACAAUAUCAGAUAGUGCGAACAAAACAUCAAUUGAUAAUGCCGAAAAGUUAAAUAUUACUAGCACAGAAACUGCUUCUCCAACUGUAAUCCAUUCAGCCAGAAUCGAGGAUCAAUUCCGUAAUGAAGGGGAGGAAAACAUCAACACUAGUGUGACAGGGAGUCCUUCGAAAAUAAAUGACACCAAUUUGGUACAAAUGCCAGAGCAAUGCCCUAAGAAAAGCAAACCAUCCAGUCAAAUUAUAGGUAAUGAAGUACUGGAACCUGCAGUUGCACAUUACAACAAAAGAAAAUGGGGCAUUGAAAUGGAGGUUCGGAAAAUCCUCCUGAUGUACAAACCGGGAAAUUUUAUAUUAAAAUACUAUCAAAGUUUUGGCAUGUUAACAUCAGCCUUACGUUCAGACCUUGUACAUGUUAUAGUGGAUCAUUUUGUGUUAAACAAUGAAUUUGUGUGUGUUACACAAUGUCGCAGUCUGGCGCAGCAAAUUGUAGAACUAUUCCCCACUGAGAAUCUGGAAACGUAUUUUUCUCAAGAAAAUAAAAGUGUUACCCCAAAGGGCAAACUCUGGAAUCAUUAUCAGAAUGAGAGGCGUAUGCAGAAAAGAAAUUCCUUCAAACAAUAUACCAAAUCCAAUCGUUUAAAAAUGGAGUCCACUUGUGCUGGGUUGAAAAAUAUCGACGAUGUGAGCUUUUUGCUUAAGAAAUGGAAUAAAACUUUUCACUAUCGACGUUAUCAGUUGAGUUCGGAAUAUUUUAGCAAUUGGAAAGCAUAUUUUGAUGAGUAUCCAUUUUGUAAGCAGCAGAAUUAUGCAAUUUUUAUUGAUGCCGAUCUAGCAACACUUUAUCCAGAUUUGACAUUUAAUGACCAGUUAUGGGAAGAUUUUUUAAAUAAUUUUCAAAUUCACUUUUGGAAUCGUAUAAAUGAGGAAACUCCGAAAAAAUUGUUUAAUGAAAUAUGCGCUUUGAAUGAACUAAAUACAACUACAGACUAUUUUGCCAUACGAAUCCUACAACUUUUACAUGCCGUUUUAAUUAACAACAACACUUAUGUGGAAGAUCCCCUGCGCCAGUUCACAGUGGAGGUUAACAAUUUUUCCGAUUUAAAGAGCAUUGUCUUAAAUCGUAAGAAAUACUGUUUGCACCAUGAGUUACAGUGCAAGCCGUACAUAGCUGUUGUCAGGCAAAAUGACAUAUAUGUCCAUUACUCCGUUGUCCUAGACGCAACUGGAUUCGGCUGUGAUAAUUACAAAGAAGCUUUGAUAUUAUGUUUUAAACUUUUUCUAUUUUUUGAUAUAAGCUUUCCUGAGGACUCUUUUGGCGUGUGGUUGUUCAUACAGCAAUACUUCUUUAACAAACCUUCUCAUAUCGUAGAUGCAACGGUUAAUGCAUUUAUCGACGAGGUGCGCGCUCGUUCAAACGUUGAAUUGGAGUUAAAAACUUGAUGAGUGUGCAUGACGAAACAAUUAAAGGUGGUCUCAUUUGUACAACAACCACAAAUCAUGUGGUGCAAUCCGCCACCUUACCAUCAAGCUGAUCGACGUUUUGUGCACACACCCAAAGAAAUGUGUGUGCAUGCGGGUAUACGUGUGCGUACAUGAGCAGAGAAUAUGCGAGAAAGAAGGUGACAACAAAGAGAAUGCAAACAAAAAUCUGACAUCUUUUUACCGUCAAACCUGGCCGGCUGUUAAAAUCUGUUCGCGUGAGACCACCUUUUUAAAUCCGCCUUUAUGAGUGUGGGUAUUUUUCAUACAACUCGGUAUAUGAAAUAAAAUUCUGUCUUUAAUUACCAUA